AUGAGGCUUAAUGAAUCAACAGCCAUAAUAACGAACAAGCUUGUCUUUGUUCCUUAUGAAGCCUCACACGUCCCAACAUAUUCAGAAUGGAUGUCCAGCGAGGCUCUACGAGAAGCGACAGCUUCAGAACGCCUCUCACUCCCCGAAGAAUAUGCCAUGCAAAAGUCCUGGCGAGAAGACGCCGAUAAAUUAACUUUUAUCUUGUCUAGCCCCUCGAAUGGUAUUCAAUCUUUAAAUAACUCUGACGAUGCUACAAGAAAGGGAUAUACAGUCAUCGAAGGCAUUGACGACGAACCUUCUAAUCUUAUUGGUGAUGUUAAUUUAUUCCUCUACGAAGAUGAUGAUGGCGACGACGAAGAUGAACAAACAGAGGGAGUAGCAAACGAAAUAGCCAUGGUAGGAGAAAUCGAACUCAUGGUCGCAAGAGAUGAGUAUCAAGGGCAAGGGCUUGGAAAAGUAGCGGUGUUGGUGUUUAUACUGUAUGUUCUACGGCACCAACAGGAUAUCUUGAUGCAAGAUAUGGCGAGGUAUGAAAAGGGAGGGAAGACUUUAAAGCACUUGAGGGUGAAGAUUGGGAAGGAGAAUAUAAGGAGUUUGGGAUUAUUUCAAAAGUUGGGGUUUAAGAAGACGACAGAAGAGCCGAAUUACUUUGGCGAAUGGGAGUUGAGGUUGAAGAUCCAGCCGUUGAACGAGGUGGAAAACGGUAUAGAGGAUAUUCUUAGAGGCUGCGGAGUCGAGUGGAGAGAGGAAGUAGAGUUUAAAAGGGUGUAA